GAUUACAUCCUGAUCAUCCUGAUGAUGCUUGGCAGUUUAUCCAUCGGGAUUUAUUAUGGAUACUUUGCGAAACAUCAAUCCGUCGAUCAGUACCUCAGGGGUAGCAGAAACAUGAAGCUUAUCCCAAUCGCAAUGUCGAUGUCUGCAAGCAUAAUUUCGGGUAUUUCUUUCAUUGCUAUACCCGCCGACAUUUACAAAUUUGGAGCCACGAUAUUUAUAUCGCCGUUUAUUGUACAAUUUAGCAUAUGUUUCAUGAGCUUCUACAUUUAUCCUGUUCUCUACAAUCUCAAUUUGACGAGCAUUUACGAGUACAUGGAGAUGCGAUUCGAUAAAAGGGUUCGAUUAUUAACAUCGUUCUUGUACGCAAUGGGAAUGCUCUCUUUCUUAACGAUAAGCAUUUACGCGCCAGCUUUAAUCAUUUCUAGAGGAACUUCGAUUAAUAUCCAUUAUUUCUCUGUGACAAUCGCAACAAUUUGCAUCUUUUACACAACAAUUGGUGGAUUGAAGGCUGUGAUCUGGACGGAUGCUCUGCAAUUGUUGUUCAUGGUUGGCACAAUCAUAGGAAUUGCAGUCAUGGGAUUCACAGAUGUCGGAUUCGCUGAAGUUUUCAAUGCUGCUUCCAAAAGCGGCAGAUUGGACAUAGAUUUCGACCCGGAUCCAACGAAACGCGACACUUUCUGGACGAUUUCUCUGGGCUAUAGUUUCUACUGGACGCAAUACUUAAUUACGAAUCAACAUUGCAUACAGAAGGCUUUCUGUUUAUCAGAUGUGAAGAAAAUACAGAAAGCUAUGACCAUUUUUGGAGUGGUGUACUUUCUCUUCAUGGAAUCGCUCAUUCUGUUCGGUUUAAUCAUUUACGCAAAAUUCCAACAUUGCGAUCCAGUGAAGUCCGGGGAAAUCCAUGUUCACGAUCAAAUUGCCAUACAUUACAUUCUAUACGUUACCGAAAAUAUACCAGGAAUCGCAGGAUUUUUCAUAGUCGGGAUUUGCAGUGCGAGCUUCAGUUCAUUAUCUGCGGGUUUAAAUUCUCUCUCGUGCACAAUCUAUAAGGAUUUCGUAUCUUCCUUUCUGACAAAAGAUGUUUUGGAGAAGCGAUCUUCUGUAAUUAUCAAAUCUAUCGUAAUCUUCAUUGGUAUUUUAUUGAUGGCUUUAGUUGUCGCCGUGGAGAAGGCAGGAAGUAUUAUGUCCAGUUUGGUGGGUAUCGGAUCUUUAUUCGCAGGUCCGAUGAUGGGUUUAUUCAUCUUAGGAAUGUUCACCGUAAAAGCUAAAGCUAAAGGGGCAUUUUAUGGAGUUCUGAUAACAAUGGGAAUAUUGAUUUGGAUAUUUGUGGUAGCUCAGUACUAUCAACAGCUUGGUUACAUUCGUUUCAAGCAGAAGGAAUUAUUAAUCGACGGAUGCGAAAUAAUUACCAAUACAACCGAAAAUAUAAGGCAAACAUAUAAAUGA